AUGCGUCUCUCUGUACCCAUUUUCUUUCUACUGUGGGUUAAAGCCCUGACAUUGAAAAAUCUCAAUUACUCCGUCCCCGAGGAGCAGGGACCCGGCACUGUUAUAGGCAAUAUAGCAAAAGACGCCGGGUAUGGGACCAUGGAGCGGGGGAAGAAGUCCAACUUCAGAGUUCUGGAGAAUUCUGCACCGCACCUGGUGGACGUUGACCCGGAGAGUGGACUUAUCUUCACCAAGCAAAGGAUCGACAGGGAGACGUUGUGCAGACGGAACCCCAAGUGCCAGCUCUCGAUGGAGGUGUUUGCCAAUGACAAGGAGAUAUGCAUGAUCAAGAUUGAUAUACAGGACAUAAAUGACAACUCGCCCAGUUUUCCUUCAGAUCACGUUAACAUUGACAUCUCGGAAAACGCAGCUGCUGGCACACGCUUCCCCCUGACUAUUGCACAUGACUCGGAUUCUGGGGAAAAUGGGAUAAAGACCUACCAGGUCACCAGAGAUGAUUACAAUACCUUCUCUUUGGAUUUAAAAGUGAGGGGCGAUGGGACUAUAUACCCAGAGCUGGUGGUUCAGAGACCACUGGAUAGGGAGGAUCAGAGUCAUCACACCCUCCUCCUCACAGCAAUUGACGGUGGGGAGUAUCCAAGAUCAGGCUCCAUGCAGAUCAACGUCAGAGUGACGGAUUCCAAUGACAAUAGCCCAGUUUUCGAAAAAUCCUCAUACAUAAUAGAGAUUCCAGAGAAUUCUCCGCCUGGAAAAGUACUCAUAGAUUUGAAUGCCACUGAUCAAGAUGAGGGCAGCAACGGGCAGGUGCUCUAUUCCUUCACUGGAUAUGCAUCCGAGAGAAUCCAAGAUUUGUUCUCCAUUGACCCCAAUACUGGUGUCAUCAAGGUCCAGGGAGAAAUUGACUAUGAGGAGAAUCCAAUCAUAGAGUUCGACGUGCAGGCUAAAGAUCUGGGGCCCAACCCGAUACCCGGCCACUGUAAAAUCACAGUCAAAGUGCUGGAUAAAAACGACAACUCGCCCAUUAUAAGUUUUGUUUCCGUCCGACAAGGCGCCAUCAGCGAGGCGGCACCUUCAGAAUCCGUCAUAGCGCUGGUCAGAGUGACGGAUAAAGAUUCUGGACGAAACGGUCAGCUCCAGUGCCGGGUGCUGGGGAACGUCCCCUUCAGGCUGCAGGAGAACAACGACAACUUUUAUACGCUCCUCACAGACAGACCCCUGGACAGGGAGAUGAAAGAUGAAUACAAUGUGACAAUUGUGGCGCGAGACAAUGGGAUCCCCUCUUUGAACUACACCAAGUCAUUUACUGUGAAAAUCUUGGAUGAGAACGACAAUCCACCACGCUUUACAAAGACUAUUUAUGUGCUACAGGUGCCUGAGAACAACAUCCCGGGGGAGUACCUGGGCUCCGUUCUAGCCCACGACCCAGAUGUGGGUCGAAAUGGAACAGUGUCGUACUCCAUUCUGCCAUCGCACAUAGGAGACGUCUCAGUGUACACCUAUGUGUCUGUUAAUCCCACCAACGGAGCCAUAUAUGCCUCGCGCUCUUUCAAUUAUGAGCAGACAAAAUCCUUUGAGUUCAAAGUUCAGGCGAAAGACGGAGGAUCUCCCCACAUGGAGAGCACUUCAAUAGUCCGGGUCAACAUCCUUGAUGUCAACGACAAUCUCCCGGUUAUUAUUUUACCCCUCCUGCAGAAUGAUACAUCGGAAAUCCCAGUGCCUAGAAAUGUAGGUAUUGGCUACAUUGUUACCACUGUGAAAGCGGUGGACCACGACCACGGAGAAAGUGGCCAUUUAACCUACGAGAUCACAGAGGGAAACGACGACCACCUGUUUGAAAUGGAUCCAGUGGGAGGAGAGGUCAGAACCGCCCAUGCUCUGUGGGAGGAAGUCGCCCCAGUGGUUGAGCUGGUGGUGAAGGUAACUGACCAUGGCAAGCCCCCCUUAUCUGCCGUCGCUAAGCUGAUCAUUAAGGCGAACACAGAAGCGGCACCAGGAGGGGGUGCCAGCACGAGCGGGGAACAGCAGCACUGGGAUGUAUCCCUGCCCCUCAUAGUUACCCUCUGCAUUAUCUCUGUCAUGCUCUUAGCAGUCAUGACCGCCAUCGCUGUCAAGUCCAAGCAUCAAGAUAAGGAGACUGGGAAUUAUAACUGCCGCAUGGCUGAGUACUCCAAUCCUCCAGUGGGGAAGGGCAAAAAGAAAAGGAUCAACAAGAGUGACAUCAUGCUGGUGCAGAGUGAGAUGGAGGAGAGAGAUUCCGCGAGCCGGAUGAACGUGGUGAGCAGCCCCUCUCUCAUCACUUCACCCAUAUGUUUUGACUACCAGAGCCCCCUGCCACUCACGCUGCCCAGGUCAGAGGUCAUGUACCUGAAAACCACCCCAAACAGCCUGACAGUCCCCAGGGCCGGUUGCCACUCCAGCUUUGCCGGGCUUAGCACAGACACUCCAGCGAAUAGGAUGUCGGUGAUACAGACGGAAAAUUUCACCUCAGAGUCCAAUUACGCUGGCAGCAGGCAACCGUUCGUGCAAAGCUCAACAUUUAAGGAUGCAGAACGAGCGAGCCUCCGAGACAGUGGCCAUGGUGAUAGUGACCAGGCUGAUAGUGACCAGGAUACUAAUAAAGGCUCACACUGCGACACGUCUGCCAGAGAGGCCCUCAAGAUGAAAGCAACAGCGGUAAAUGGCCAGCCUUUUGAGCAGGAGCAAGACAAAUCAGUCCACUGCACCGAUGAAUGUCGCGCACUGGGACAUUCUGACAGAUGCUGGAUGCCAAAGUUACGGGUAGGAAGCCAAGCAGACAGCGCCGAUAAUCGCACCAACCUUUUCAUCCCUGUGGGAAUGGAUGCCAUGGUAGAGACAGAGAUUUAUGGCACCAUCAGCUGCAGCAGCAGAAAAACCCUCAGCACGUUUGGGAAGGAGCAGCGGGACAGUACAAUCCUCGUGGCCAAUGUCAAACCUUACUUAAAGUCGCAGCGUGCCCUAAGCCCGCCGCUACAGGAGAGUCCGUCGGCGUCCGGCAGUCCCAGCAAGAGCAGCACGCCCCUGGACUUGGCCAACCAAGGGUCCAAAGAGGAGAGGGAGGGGGGUUCAGACAGCAGUGCCUACGGCCCUCCAGAUGGCCAGUGCUCCCCGCUGCACACGGAAUUGGAGGAGCCGUCCUACCUGACCCGCGAGCUCAGGCCCAAGUCCCUGUCCAGCAGUCUCAUCCACAGCUCCGUCAUCAGCCAGGAGUGCGGGGGGGCAGAUUACGCUCUCGACCCGCGGGACUCUGGCAACUGACGGGGUCCGCUGAUCCCGCUCGCUCUCACUCUGCUCGAGGUGAGCCGAUGAUAUCACCAGGUUAACGGCCGAGAGGUGAUAUGCUCUUCUUUUUCUUCUUCUCCUUCUCCUUCUUCUCCUCUUCCUUCUUCUUCUUCUUCUUCUUCUUCUUCUUCGACCCACAGAGGUGUCCAGACACGCAUUGUAUAACCAAAAACCAUCUGCCGUGUAUGUUCUUUCAUUUCUUUUUCGAGUCUGUGACUUGUUGUGUUCCAGUGGAAAUAUGUGUCCUUGACUGCUGUGAAGGUUUUGGGAGGUUGGGGGGGGGGGGGGGGGGAGAGAAAUCAGCGCUUACCUGACUUCAAGUGUUUUCAUGGUGUUCCGUACCUGUCAGUUUCGAUGUCUGUAUUUUACACAUUUCAAGCUCCAAUUUUUUGUGAGGCUAUUGAACAAAUUGCUACUGUUAAGGUAUUGAGUCCCGUCUGCUUUUGUACAGUGAAGCUCUCUGUCUCCAUUUAGUGUAUAAGGAAACAUCUCUCUCUGAAUAUCACGGGAAAAAACACAUAUCAGUGACGUUACAUACAAAAGUGAAGUGUCUUAUGAACUGUUAAUGGUGGUGCGACAGGGAAUGUCCCUUUUCAUAAAAACCAUUGGAGGUUCCUGCAAAAAAAAAAAAAAAAAGAAGAAAAAAAAAUCCACAACAAUUUUUUUAAAGAAUGUAUUUGUAAUUUGACUGUCGUCCUCUCCGCAGGUUUGUGUGAAAAUAAGCCGAGCUUACACGUGAAUGUGGGCUUCUGUACUUGUUGUGUAUUUUAUUAAAUUUCUAUACACCGUGUGCACAGGAGGCCAUUAUUUUUGACGAGUGACGACUUCUGAAGUUGACGUGUGCGUUUCAUGUGGCGGAAGUGCAUAUGUCACAGCGACUCUACCAUCGUGCACUGUAUAGCAGCGCAUGUUCUGUGGCAGCUCUCUGCAUUCCAGUAAGGGGGGGGGGAAUGGCAUUUUAAACAGCUAUUCAUUAAAAAAAAAAAACUCAAAAUAAAAACAGUCGCCGUGUAUUAGCGCCCGACGACAAAGACGAGAUGACUUCCUCCGCUCGACACUCUGCAAUAAGCAUCCGUCAUUCGGUGGCGAUGGAAAUCCGGGCUGCCGCUCCCUCACCCUCAAUUCAAAGUCAUCACAGCCGCUGUCAGUUGGCGUCUACUUGUGAUUAUGGCUUUUAUUUAAAUAUGAAUGUGUCUGACAAAUUACGAGACGCGAGUCUAACAAAAAAUGAAAAACUCAACAUUCAGCCGCGACGGGCGCUUUACAAGCAAAAGACGUUUUUGCCAUGGAUUCUUUGAUUAGAUAAGAUGAAAUUUUAAUGAUCCCUGUGGGGGGAAAAGUGGGUCAUUGCGGCAGCGGAGGAUUGAGCAAAUAAAGCGUUGAAGGUUAGCAUGAGUAAAAAAUAAAACACCCACACACACACACACAGAGAAUUAGACAACAGAUAAAAAAACAAUACAGCAUCUUUAAGCACAAGGAUUUUAAGGUUAGGGGUCGUUUAGAACAUCUGAGUUUUCAUCGGUUUUUCACCGAGUGCACGAAAUGUCCAUCGUCUGCCGUCUUCCUGGAUGAUUUACAGAAGCACCGGCGCAAAUUUGUGGUUGAUAUGCAUGAUGCACUCUUUACUGGUGAAUCAAAUACAGAGCGGGGAGGCGUGGGGACAGAAGGCCGUGAUCCACAGACACAUUACAUCAGUCUGAACCUCUGCAAUCCAUCCACAGGCUCAUUUCUUUCCCCAACAAUGUUUCCUGUUUAUUUGAGGAUUAAGAACAUAAAAGUUGCUGUGACCGGAGUAAUGCUUUUUAACAAAAAGACACGUGCUACACAGAGCGAUGACGUAUGAACAGGGAUGUAUGUUUACUGAGACGCAUCACUAUGGACUUAUGGAUCCUGGAAAUGUAUACAUGUUUUGUGUUUUUUUUUUU